AUGGUUCCGACCUCAUCGCCAGAUUUGCCCACCGUGCAAGAUAUGUUGUCUCAAAAGCAGAAGCGACCCGCCAUACGAGGCGGAACCGAGUCUGUGCCUAUUCCUAACGAUGCGGACUCGACCUUUACGAGUGCGCGAGACUUAUGGCAGGCUGCACGUCGCGCCGAGGUCAAUCAGUUGAGCCCGUCUACUUCACCUAAGAAAGUGAUUAUGGUGGAUGAUAUUGAUACCCCUGUAUGCGCACUAGAACAUGCACCAGAAGAAGAAUCACCGCUACGAAAGUCCUAUGUACCGAAAGGAAGUGCCAAUCCAUCCAGCCCAGGAAUAUUCGAGUUAGUUGACGAGGAGGUACCUUCACGGCAACCCUGGAAGAAGUACAAGCCCAAAACUCCGGGAAAAUAUGCCAGCCCACGCGGUGCCUCUGUGGAGAAGGAAAGUCCCUAUUUAGUCUCAAAUCAGAUGACAUCAGAGAGAAGAAGCCGCGAGACAACUCCGUCGCAAGAUCCACCAAUAUUGGAACAAAUAGAAACCACGAAAUGCAAUGCCGAAGAGCCAUUGCUGUUAGAGCCUGCAAUGAUUCGGAGAAAGGAUUGGACACCUCCUACGGAGAAAUCAACCGUUAUUCUUGAUUCUGACACGUCACCAUCACAAGACGACCUACAUGCGACUGACGAGAAUGAUCCUGCUAAUUCGUUUGGUAACAUUGUUUCUGCUUACAUGUGCGCCAACGCUACAACUCAAGAGAUUGCAGCACACCAGAGUGAUACAUCGAGUGUGCAGAAGAUGAAGCCUGCAUUUCCAGAGGCCGAGUCAACUGAUGACCUUCUGACCACCAGGAAGUCCGUCACCAGACCAAAGGCGAUGCGGAAAAAGGCCAGAACUAUUACCGGCCUCGCUACAGCCGCCUACAGACAUCCGGGUCAAGUUGAGCCUACAGAUGGUGUACGAGAUGUAUCACCUCUUACGAAACCCAAGCCGUUGUCUAAGACGUCGAAAAAUACCAAGCCUCGUAAAGGACCGUCGAAAGCGAAGAAAAAGCAGAAACCGCCAAAGCCAGUUCUGUUCUCUCCUGAAACUGCACUAAGACAAGUUGCCAAGCAGGACUUUGUAUUUGGAACCUCUAGCCAGUUAGCUACAGAACAGUCGCCGACGUUUCUGAGAGACCUGCACCUUACGAUGAAGAACUCAAACCAGCUUGAUUAUGUCGAUUUCACAACUCCAUUGAAUAGCGACGCUAUCGAGCCACCCGAAGGUCGGUCAAGGCUUUGGGAUGCUGCAGCCAGAGAUGCAGAUGGUGAUCUGUUCGACGUGGAAGUGGUCAAUCUCACUGAGGCCAGCCCGCAAUUUCCAAAGACGCCGGGUUCCGUGGACCCCUUUGGAUAUUUUAAAGGCGACGACGAACCACCUCCAUCUCAUACUUCUGGGUCUACGAUAAGUAGCGAUAAUGGGAAUGAGUCAGUGGCCGAUUUGUCAGAUAUUUUCCCUACCGCGGGGUCACGAGCGACAUAUACCGCAACGAAUAGUUCAAAUGCCCUUAGUGGCAUGGGCCCAAGCGUACAGCUGACGGGAAAGCUAUCAGUCACCUUAGAAGUCACAAGCUCACCGGAACUUGUAAGCAAAGAGAGCACGGCGCCAAGAGCUGCAAACCAUCAUUCACAACCGACAUUCGAACAUUUUACCGAUGCGCAACUGUCAAAAGAGAUAUCUCGGUACGGCUUCAAGCCAGUAAAGCGCCGUUCGGCAAUGAUAGCUCUUUUAAACCAAUGCUGGCAGCAGACCGGCGAUGCCAGCCAGGGAAUCCGGAUGCUUUCCACGGCUGCUGUCAUUUCCCCGACGAAACGGCCGCGCGGCCGGCCAAGGAAAGAUUCGGUAGAAGACAGCCGGACACAGGAGCCCCCUCCAUCUGCGCAAGCUCCUGAGACACCAAAAAAACCUAGGGGAAGACCAAGAAAGGAUUCACAGACGACACCGGGCAAGCAAGCGGUGUCGAAACGCACUACCACGCCAACGAGAAAGCGAACAGCCGGGAGUAAUGCCACUCCUAAGAAGGCGAAGGCCGUGAAGGUGAUUGAGAUACCGGAUUCGGAAUCUGAGCUGGCAGAUACUUUGGAUUCAUCACCACAUUCAUCACCAAGCUCAACAUUUUCUUCCCCGCGUCAGGUCGACCUGGCCAUGUCUAUUGACAACGAUACAGAGCUCUCUCUUACAAUGACGCCUACAGACGUCCAAGCCUGUCUGUUUACGCACAUCACCAAGGCUGUCACGACUGCACCACGUACUACCGACCCUGCUAAUCCAUCUUGGCACGAGAAGAUUCUACUGUAUGAUCCAAUUGUGCUGGAGGACUUGGCGUCUUGGCUCAACAGCGGACAGCUCAGUCGCGUUGGAUACGAUGAAGAAGUCAACCCUGUUGAGUUGAAGAAAUGGUGUGAAUCAAAAAGCAUCUGCUGCUUGUGGAAGCUCCAUGUGCCUCAACUGCUGGUGCCUCCCGUCUUCUCGGCUACGGCAGUUGUUAGCGCAGCUGGGGUUCCGGUCCCUCGGUUCCCACUCUUUGCCAGACAAGCGUGGAUAUUCGGGGCUCCGUUCUGGUUUGCGUGGAGUAAACCACCACCACCAUCAACCGAUCAACAGCCCCAGACUUUUGGCUACCUAGGUACGCAUCCCAAGCGGACCUCGGCUCAAUUGAGAUCCCCCGCCAUCUUGGUCCCCCUCAUAUCAGAUGCCUUGACCCGACUUCAUCAGGUAUCCAUGGCCUGGUUACUACAUCCCAUGUGGAGGCGACUGGCGGCGCAUCAUACCAUCCCAAGCCAUUCGAUACCCUUCACACGCGGCAUCGCCAUAUUAUCAACCUCAUCACCGUUGGCUCAUAAGCCCUCACUUCUUCUCACAAUGGCCUCUCAGAUGCGAGACGCCAGCUCCAAGGCAGACGUGCAAGAGCCCCGUCCCAGCUCGUCUGUUCUUCUGCUCUCGCCAACAAAUGAGAUAUUGCUGCUGCACCGGGUAAAGACCUCGACGUCAUUUGCAUCGGCGCAUGUCUUCCCAGGCGGGAACCUAGAUCCAUUCCACGAUGCCGACGACGGUGAUAUUCCCGGCCCCGAGAGCGCCGAGAGACACCGGGACGGCCCGGCGUACAGAAUGGGCGCUAUAAGAGAGACGUUUGAGGAGACGGGGAUCCUGCUGGCGACCAAGAACGGCGCUCUGGUGAGCCUGUCCGCCGAACAGAGGGACGAGGCGAGGAAGAAUGUCCACGGAAACAAAGUCAAGUUUGGCGACUUUCUAAAGUCGAUUGGCGCCGUGGCCGACACAGGUUUGUCUCCCGCCACCGGCCGCCGUUUUCCUGUACAGAAAAUGCUAACGAGAGAGAUUGCAGCCGGCCUGAUCCCCUUCACCCGCUGGAUCACGCCGACCCAUGUGCCCAAGCGCUUCACCACGCAAAUGUACCUCUACCUGCUCCCCAUAUCCAAGAGAUCGGUGCCGUCGGAGAUUCUCCUGCCUACCCCGGACGGCGGCGUCGAGCACACGGCCGCACAGUUCGCGCCGCCGCAGUCGUGGCUGGACAAGGCCGCCGAAGGUUCCAUCAUCCUCUUCCCGCCGCAGGUGUACCUCAUGAAGAUGCUCACUCGGUUCCUGACGGGGUCGACGUCUGCCCUGGAAGAAGGGCCGCUGCACUACACGGCGCAGCGGAAGAAGCUGGUUUUGUUCCUGAGGAGGAGGGUGACUGCGGAGACGGACAGGGGCAAGCAGCAUCCCACGGCGACGAUUUCAUGGGCCGACAAGGUCAUGAGCCCGUAUCACUUGCUAUCCAGAGAGGAGGACAACCGCGUGGUCCUCGCGCUGGAUAAGCCCGGCCCCGAGCUGGAGGGCAGUGAUAGGGGCGGCGACUGGGAGAGGGUUGCGUUGGUCAAGUUUGGGCGAGGGGGCCCGUCCGAGGUCGAGAUUAGAAUGAGGGAGGAGGUGUUGGCAGAGCAGAGGGCGAAGCCGGAUGCCAGGUUAUAG